ACCGGACAUGAUGUUGCGGUUGCUGUUCACUUGACAGCAAGCGGGCGCCAUCCCCAUGUGAUGUGUGUUUUCAGUGUAGGCUGUAUGGUUCGAGGCAGUCUCCGGGUUAAACGUGAUACAGUCAACAGUUUAAUUGCUUUUCUUUUUACCUACAAAUCGGAUUCAAACGUGUAUGCAGAUGUAGCGUUGGCACCUCCUGAACUCACCCGGACUGCAACCAUUAAUCUAUUAAAUUCAGCUGGAUGCUGACAGUCUCUCGGGUGGAGCUUAGGUGGAUGAAGGUACACGGGAGCAGGGCCCGGGGAUAAGCACAACCGCACGGGACUGUUUAAAACCAGCGACGGCGGUUGGUCAUUGAAGUCAUGACCAAAAACGAGGCGAAGAAAAGCGGCUUGGCCGUAAACAACGCUACCAGCAAGUGCGCCACAGCAGCCUCCUCUGCCGAGCAGGUCAACAGCGGCUCAGUGGAGCCAGACUGUCCGGAUCAGAGCACACCGAUCAAGGCCAAGGUGAUGAAGCAGACCCCCAGGGACACUCUGCACUGGAGAAACACGGAGUGCGAAGUCUAUGACGAUGGGACCAACACCUUUUUCUGGCGAGCCCACACACUGACAGUGCUGUUCAUUCUGACUUGCGCUCUGGUCUAUGUCACGCUGUUGGAAGAGACCCCCCAGGACACGGCCUACAACACUAAGAGAGGUAUUGUAGCUAGCAUCCUGGUAUUUCUCUGUUUUGGAGUGACACAAGCCAAAGACGGACCAUUCACCAGACCACAUCCAGCUUAUUGGCGGUUCUGGCUCUGUGUCUCUGUCGUCUACGAGCUCUUCCUCAUCUUCAUCCUGUUCCAGACGGUGCAUGAUGGACGACAGUUCAUGAAGUACAUUGACCCCAAACUGGGGGUACCCCUCCCUGAGCGUGACUAUGGAGGAAACUGCCUCAUCUAUGACCCUGGCAACACCACCGACCCCUUCCACAACGUUUGGGACAAGAUGGAUGGUUUUGUUCCAGCUCACUUUCUGGGAUGGUAUAUCAAGACGCUGGUGAUCCGUGACUGGUGGAUGUGUAUGAUAAUCAGUGUCAUGUUUGAGUUCCUGGAAUACAGCCUGGAGCACCAGCUACCUAACUUCUCCGAGUGUUGGUGGGACCACUGGAUCAUGGAUGUGUUGGUGUGUAAUGGUCUGGGGAUCUACUGUGGCAUGAAGACCCUGGGCUGGUUGUCGAUGAAGCCCUACCAGUGGCAGGGCCUGUGGAACAUUCCUACAUACAAGGGGAAGAUAAAGCGUAUAGCAUUCCAGUUCACACCUUACAACUGGGUCAAGUUUGAGUGGAAACCUGCUUCAAACCUUCGUCGCUGGCUUGCUGUGUUAGGCAUAAUCUUUAUGUUCCUCCUGGCAGAGCUGAACACCUUCUACCUGAAGUUUGUGCUGUGGAUGCCGCCUGAACACUACCUGGUGCUGCUCCGCCUGGUCUUUUUUGUCAACGUUGGAGGUGUAGCCAUGAGGGAGAUCUACGACUUCAUGGAUGACCCGAAGUUCCACAAGAAGCUUGGCCAGCAGGCGUGGUUGGUGGCGGCAAUCACGGUGACCGAGUUCCUCAUCGUGGUCAAGUACGACCCCAACACCAUCAUGCUGCCCAUCCCCUUCUUCGUCAUACAGUGUUGGUUAUUAGGAAUCCUCCUCAUCGUUACCUGGACCCUGUGGCGGUUUUUCAUUCGUGACAUCACACUCCGCUACAAAGAGACCCGUCGGCGCAAACAGGAAGUCCCCACUGACCGGGACCGCACUCAGGGCAAUGGCAGCACAGCCACCCCGCCUGGACGGAGCAAGCUGAAUGGCAGCUCCGAAACCUUGCGGCAGAGGAAGACUUGAGGGCAAAUCGUGGGUCAGAGCGGUCGGUCAGAAUGGACAAGGUUUGGUGGGGAAAAAAUGAAUAAUGAAGGAGAAAUGUGACAGAUGAGUGUAGAGAAAAACAGAUGGACACAUGUGCUGUGUAGUUUGUUCUUGUGCCUACAUGAACCAAGUGAUUCAAAAGAGGCAAUAGGUGCAAUUUUUAUUCAGUGCAUUGUUUAGUUAUUGUCUUAUUACAGGAAUUUACCUCAUUCUAUUUUUAAGAACAUUUGUGGAGAUACACAGGAAAACAUACAUGUAUGUGUUAUACAUAAUUUGGGUGAUGGAGGAAACAAGCUGAAUCACAAGUAGAGUAGUAAAAGGUCAGAGGUCUAGGCUCAUUCGUCAACAGCAGUUUCCAUUUUCUCAGCUGCACUUUGUCUUAGAAAACAAGGUAGCGUCAGGAACAUAUCUGCCUCUGUAAAUAUGCUUUGUUCUGUUUUGUGCAGUCAAAUCGGUGCAAAUGAGAAAAAGGCAAGUAUUCGUAGUAGUUUCUGUAGGUGUAACAGUGGAUAUGGAUUCCAGUUAUUGUCCACUGCUAUGCAAUCUUCAGUAUCAGUCUGGGAUUUUGGCCACAAUAUUGCCAAGCUGCAGUUGAAAUUAAGCGUAGUUAAUACUGCCACAUUUCUGCUAUGUUCAGUUUUCCCAUUCAUUGUUUAGAGUACUUUUUCAUAGGUCUGACAAGUUCUAGAUACAUUGUUUACAUGUGAGAGACAAUAUAAUCUUUUCAUUUACAGUUCAGGAUGUUCAUUCCUGGAAGCACUGAG